ACUUUUUAAGUUUUUUUUAGGCCAUUGGGCAACGCAUCAAUGGAGAAAUGGAAUCUCCUUUACCAUAAAGACAAAACGCCAACAAACAUCACAAAAAUAAAAUACAGUACAUAAAUAAAUAUAGGCGACAACAAGAGAUUCUUUCGGAUUGCUUUAGUUUAUCCCAGGAAAAACUACAGUAACUCGCAAUAAUCACUUCACUUUUCUGGGUUUUUUUCACAAGUUGCAGCAAAACCAUAAAAAUGGCAACUGAAUCAAACAAAAACGGAGUUGAAAAACAGGGCAAUGAUUUUCACGCUCUUCAGGCUAUCUGCUACAACCGAGGUUCACUUCAGCUUCUCGAUCAGAGGAAGCUUCCAUUGGAAACUGUAUACUUGGAAAUUCGCAAUGCUUCUGAUGGAUGGCUUGCGAUAAAGGAAAUGGUGGUUCGUGGUGCACCUGCCAUUGCUAUUGCAGCUGCUCUCUCUCUGGCUGUGGAAUCAUCUAACUUAAAGGCAUUUCAAGGGACUCCUGAAGAUGCAGCUUCUUUUCUUGCACAAAAGUUGGAAUAUUUAGUCUCUAGCCGUCCAACUGCUGUGAACCUUUCGGAUGCCGCCACAAAACUUAAAGAGAUUAUAGCAAAAGCUGCUUCCACUUGCUCAGAAGCAGAUACUGUAUUUCAGGCUUAUAUUGAAGCUGCUGAGAUAAUGCUUGAGGAUGAUGUCGCCUCAAACAAAGCAAUUGGUUCCUAUGGAGCUAGUUGUUUUAAAAGCCAGCUGAAAGAUGCUAUGAAAAUAUCCAUCUUGACUCAUUGCAACACUGGGAGUCUUGCAACUGCUGGAUAUGGUACUGCACUGGGGGUCAUACGUGCUGUUCAUGCCCAAGGAAUUCUUGAGAGGGCCUAUUGUACAGAAACUCGACCGUUCAACCAAGGAUCUAGGUUAACUGCUUUUGAGCUAGUGCACGACAACAUACCAGCUACACUGAUAGCAGAUUCUGCUGCAGCAGCAUUAAUGAAAGCUGGAAAUGUUCAAGGAGUUAUCGUAGGAGCAGAUCGUGUGGCUGCAAAUGGUGAUACUGCAAAUAAGAUUGGAACCUACAGCCUUGCUGUGUCUGCAAAGCAUCACGGCAUUCCAUUUUAUGUUGCUGCACCGCUUACAUCAGUUGAUUUGUCCUUGCCUUCCGGAGAAUACAUCGUCAUUGAGGAAAGGUCUCCAAAGGAAUUAUUGAAUUCUCGUGGAGGUCUUGGAGAGCAAGUUGCUGCAUCUGGGAUCUCUGUUUGGAAUCCAGCUUUUGAUGUUACUCCAGCAAAUUUGAUAUCGGGUAUCAUCACUGAAAAGGGUGUCAUCACUAAAAGUGGGGAUGAAGCUUUUGAUAUCAAAGAUUUUGUGCAGAAGUCGUAGCUCUAUGACUUUGUGGAGCCAGCGGCUAGGUAGGAGGAGUUGCGGGAAAUGGUAUAGGUCUGUAUCCCCAAUAAUUUACUUGCUUCUUGAGGUUAAAUGGUUGAAGACCGGGGGGGGGG